UAGCACAGCUUGAUUUGCAGUUAUCACAGCAGAAGACAGCAGGAAAAUAUUUGCAAAGUGACUAAGGGAGGGCAUCCAAUAGCCUCAGAGCGUAGCGCCGUGCUGUUGUUGUGCAAAUGUGUUUGGGAAAUUUUAUUCACAUUUCCGAAUGCCUCGAACCCCCUUUCCGUACUUAUGCUACAAGCGCUCGUUAGUCAUUGACCCCGCACCUUGGUGGCGUUUGCAAAAAAAGUUCUGACCCAAAUUCGCGCACAGUUGGACGCCAAGUUCAGAACGCCACACUUGGCCCACAUUCCCCGUCGAGGUUGGCAAAUAGAAAACAAGCGCUCUAACCAGGCUAAGACAACAAAGCUGUUUCUAAUGCGCGCGCGAAUCUCGAACCCGCCGAGUUGAACGUCAUAAUGGUAUAUAAGACGCUUGCGAAAUCCGUUUGCUUUAUAGUUUACUUCCCCUUUUCUUUGGAAGGUGUGUCUUUUUACGCGAAAAGUAAGUUUGUUGAAGAACUUUUUUCAGUUCCAGUUCCGACGCAAUGUAUUGUCUGCUCGUCUUGGCCUGUCUCGGCGCUUACGCCAUACAACCCAGCGCUGCUGGCACGCGUAUUAUUGGCGGUCAGUUUGCGCUGCCUGGCCAGUUUCCGCAUCAGGUUUCGCUGCAGCUACGCGGUCGCCAUCACUGUGGCGGCUCACUCAUUUCGCCAACCAUGAUCAUCACAGCCGCUCACUGCACUAUCGGUCAGAGUCCUACACAGAUGCGCGCCAUUGUCGGCACAACCGAUUUGUUGUCGCGCGCUGGCAAGUCCUUCGAUAUUGCCAAAUUCAUCAUACAUCCUCAGUACAACCCACAAACACAGGAUUACGAUCUCUCGCUGAUACAGUUGAGCGCGGCUGUGCCGUUGGACGAUGACAUCGACGUAAUUGAAAUGGCCGACAUGGAGGCCAAUCACGCUGCGGACACGGUGGCCACAAUUAGUGGUUUCGGCGCUAUUAAUGGCAAUCUCCAGCUGCCCAAUCGUUUGAAGUAUGCCCGCGUGCAACUGUGGAGCCGCGAUUUCUGCAACCCGAAGAACAUUCCCGGCGUUACGGAUCGUAUGAUUUGCGCUGGACAUCCUAGCGGUCAGGUGAGCGCCUGUCAGGGUGACUCUGGUGGUCCAUUGACUGUGGAUAAUAAACUUUUUGGCAUCGUCUCGUGGGGUUUCGGUUGUGGCGCCGCCGGUAAGCCCGCUAUGUACACCUACGUCGGCGCUCUACGCUCGUGGAUCAAACAGAACUCAGGCGUUUGAGUUGGACUAUUGGACGGCUAUUGGGUGGGGUUGAAUGAAGGACGCAGUGUUGGUG